CUGUCUAAAUUCUUUCUAUUUUAUAUUUAUUUUCUAGACGAACCGAUUACAGAUAACUGUGAAAUCGAGGAGGACAAAUCAUUAGAUCAAAUUCGCAAAGAGCCGUAUUCCCUUCCCUCUGGCUUCUACUGGUCAAGUGUUGAUUUGGACAACUCACACCAAGUGAGUCGAUUUAUUCGCCUCGACAAAAAUCACUGGUAUCCAAAAGGUGUCUUUGAGCUUUUUACCAUCCAAACAAUCGUGUAUCUCAUUGCGAUAACUGGACCUCAUACCACUUAG